ACACAUACAUAUAAUACGCGACUUCUGCUUGUGACAGUCGAGAUAUAUAUAGUUUCUGUUGACUGUAAUGAAUUUUGCAUGGCAUUCCAUUAUUAGCGGCGGCACAUUUGCCUAAGGAUAUUUCCAGACACUGUUUCUGAACGAAAGUUGGAAACUUUAAACUUUCCUUUUCCCCAAAGUACGUUUCGCCCCCGUAGAAAAAGUAAUAAUAAUGCUCGGAAGUUCUGUCAAGCUUUUUUGAAUAAAUAGCAGCCCACACUGACAUUUAAUGGUUCAUUGGACUUGAUACCUGAGUGAGACCUAGAUAUUUCAAUUAUUUACAGAUUGGAGAAAGUCGUUCCUACUUAUUUACAACGUAACUUUUUUAACCUGAAAAAAAGUGGCCGUUCAUUGAAGGUUUCAUUUCCGUUGGCAUCAAUUUAAUUAUUAUUAGAACUUGGUACAAACUGAAUAGAAUUCUUUAUUUAUGUUCCACUUGCAAUUAGUUAACUCGAAAAGUGAUUGUUUAAUAAGUUCGUUGUUGAUAUUCUUGGAAGAAAAACUAUGGGUUGGCCGAUAGUUUAGUUUCGUCUUUUGUUGCGUUAUUAUAUGCGGACUCGAUUUAUUUGGCACACAUUUCCACUCACAUUCGUAUUGAAGACUGAUGAAGAGAAUAAAUGCAACCAUUUCUCUUUUCAAUGAUGCAUUUCCCUUAAAAGAGUAUUGGACUCAGAUUUAAACUUGACAAGAAUACUUCUUCUCCUCCUCCACAUCCAACAUCAUUAUUCAACCGUAGGAUAGACAUUAAUGAUGGAUAGAUAAUUAAUGGUUUUGCCGUCAUCUUUGUCAUUUGGUUUGUCGAGAGGAGGUCGAACCGGCAGCCACGUCUCACUUAUCCCACUUUUCAUCAGGGUCUGUACACUGUUUUUUUUGCACUGUAACAACAACAACGCGUGUGCAAUUCGCAUAAAUUUUUAACCCGAGUACAUAAGAUGAUUUGGUAACAUAUGUAUGUAACUUGGAUUGGGAGGUGAAUUUGGUUACCCUUGUUUAUGAUGAUUUCGCAAUAUACGUAGUUCAUCGUAAUUAUCUCUUGGAAGCGAAACCGCCACCAGCAGCCAGCCAGGUCAGAUCGAUAAGAUGGAAAUAGUUUACAAUUUCUACAGGGUCAAUUUCGCCAGUACAACAAUAGAGAGAAGCAUGCAAAUAAAUAUGCAUUCGAGUUUACCACAUGGGUACGCGACUUUUCUGGGGAAAUGAUCAUGAGGUUGCUCUCUCUUCUUUUUGUUUUUUGACAAAUAUUUGCCGAGCUGCAUAGGCAUUCUGAUUGCAUCGUUCUCCGAAUGAUUGUAUUCAUAGCUCACCACUCUACCUAGCAGCUUACUUAUGUAAAGAUGUUUCUUUGUCAAGAAUACCUUCGGACUACUGCACUUACGUCAUUUAUGUCAAAAUAAUAAAUGACGAUGCGUCUUCAUAUUUGAUUAAACCAAGUAAAAAUAAAUGUACCAAAGACAAUCAUUCCAGAAAAACAACUUAUAACCAUGAUUUAGUAAUCGUUUAAAUGGUAAAUAUCACAGAUGGAUUGAGCACACAUUAUAUACAUUGUGUUAAAAAGAAACUGGAAUUUUCCCACUGACGAUGAGACAAGUCUUUUUUGUUACAGACGACACAGAGCGAAGGGACAUUUUUUAACCAUCGUUUUUGCAAAGAUUAUGUAUUUACAGCAAGCGAGCAAUUUCACAACCUCGUGCACAUUUUUAUUUGUUAUGUAAUCGAACUCUUAUAUCGCCAGUUGCCACUGUUUUUUUUGCAUUAGUGUGAAAACUUUGCAAGGCUAAUAAUUGUUACAAUUACAAUAAUGAAACAUACUCGAUAUAUAUAUAGCUUCAUGAAACCUUUUACAAUAUAGUGAGAUCUAACAAGUAUCAAAAUGAUGACAAAUAAUCAACGCCAAUCUUCAUUCCCUAAACUGUAAUUAGUUGUAUUUCUCGUUUCGAAAUUUGUGAGGCGAUUAACGCUCCAGAGACCCAUUUCGACAACUGGGAUUUCGGGCAUAGUGUUCUUCAAGCUUCGAUGAAUAUUUAAAUUCUUUCUUACAUGUGGGACAUGUAAGAUUUUUAGGACCAUUGCAGGUAUGCCUCAAAUGGUUCCUUAGAGAUGUCUUGUUCUCAAAAUCCUUAGCACAGUUUGGACAGACAGUUCCUUCAAUCCCAUUACAGAAUUUCUCAUGCCACUCAAGCUCUGACUGUAACCGAAAAAUUUUCUCACAUCCAAUUGUGCAUUUCAGUUCUCCCCCUGUACACGCUGUUUUAUGUCGUACUAAUUGACCCCUAUUUCCACAAUCGAGGUUGCAAAGUUCACAAACGGUGGUAUAUGUUGUCCCUGUACAUGUUUUCAAAUGUCUACCAUAGUUGCUUCUAUCUAUAGAAAUGUAUCCGCAGAUACAUGAAAACUCACGACGGUGAUUUCGAGGGAUUACGGGUGGGUCACACACCAUCUUCCCGACGACUGGAACAGCAGGGAAUUGUGCAGUAGCAACCUUGUUGCUACAUUGAAUAUUAACGUGGUCGCUUAGAUCUAGAGGACCAUUAUAGAGAGGAAUACAAGUUUGGUGAUACACUUGCAUACCUCUGGAGAUCAGCACAUGAUCCAGCAUCGAAACUAUAUGAUUAACUUUAUUCGAGAAAUGUGGAGCAUGUCGAGUGAAGACAUUUUCUUCCCACAAAUGGUCUGUCACAUCAAGAAACCCAUAUUUCUCAAGAAUUACUUCAAGAGAAUCAAAAACAUAUGAUUUUCUGUUGGGCUUAUCAUUCCAUGAUUUUAAUCGUUCACAAUUAAAGUCACCGAUCCAUACUACAAGUUCAUUUUUAUACUCGUCGCAGAAAUGAUCGAUUAUCUUCAACCAUCGUUCUUGCUCUCGCACCCUGAUUGCGUCAUUUCUGCAAGCAGGAAAAUACAUGUUGAAAAAGAAUAUUGGAUUUGUACUCAAAUCACUCAUUGCUUCAAUUAGCAUGAGUCGUUGUGGAUCUGGUUGGAGACCAUCGAAUUUGCAUCGAGGGAGCACAAUUUGCCUGAUUUUUAUGUUUUUGUAGAAAACACAAACACCAUCUCUCCAUCCUCCAUUAAUACCAUCAUAUGGAACUGCGGAAUUAAACUUUACUUUCCACCCAAAGUUUUUAGCAUAAUCAGCCAGGGCUGAUUCUUCUGAAGGUGGCAAAUGUGUUUCUUGCACAAAAACAAGAUUGCUUCCAUCCCAGUAAUCAUUCAUUUCUUCCAAAUUUUCUUGAUUUAAGUGCCCUCCGGCAUUCCAAGUAUGAUAACGAAGAGUUUCAUCUUGUCUUUUACCAAGAGACAUUUUGUAGACACAAAGUCUUUGAAUCGCACAAAGCAGUUAAUUUUAUGAAAAACCGCACACAGCAGUUGUUUGUAUAGAAAACCGCACAAAGCAGUUUUAUUUUUUAUUAAAUUACUGAAUAAUAUUUACUUAAAUAAUAUUAAUAACUAACUAAUAAUAACUAAUAACUAACUAACUAAAUAAAUAACAUAAAAUACUAACCUAAAAUAAAACGUAAAUUAAAAAUAAUCUAACUAAAGAAUUCGACGCCGGAUAACACCUGUAGAAUGAGUGGAUUUCAACUUCCCAUUCCUCUUCUCCCUGGCCAAGGAUACACUUUGACCGUCAAUUCGGUUGGAUGGGAUAAUGGAAGAGGAAGUGGGGGUGGUAGAAGAGGACGGGGUGGACGAGGAAGUGGAGGUGGACGAGGUGGGCGUGGACGAGGAAGUGGAGGUGGACGAGGUGGGCGUGGACGAGGAAGUGGAGGUGGACGAGGUGGGCGUGGACGAGGAAGUGGAGGUGGACGACUUCGGGGCGGUAUUGAAAAGCGAAAUUGCUACAACUGCAAGACGAAGGGACAUGUUGCCCAGGAUUGUCCAUUUCCUAAGAAAUCUGCCGUUUCGACUGAUGCUGCACCUGCGUCGUCGUCAAAUGGUGCCGGUAGUUCUGUCUCCUCUUCGACAGUAGCUUCCGUUGCAGAACAAUUUAAGGCCAUGGUCAUGGCAUCAUCUGCCCCCUCUCCUGAAGCUAUAUCAGCCAUCAGAUCCGCGUAUGAAGAUGAACUUCUUCAAGAUGAAGAUGAAGAUGAAGAAAUGGAUUUUGUUUUCUGUGCCUAACGACUUCCUGUCGACUCUUACAACAGUCGAGCAUGGUCCUUUAGAUAAUAAUUGUUGUAAGAAAAGAAAGAAUACAGAUUUAGACAUUCAUUCUGGUA